AUGGCGGCGUCGUCGUCGUCGACGGCGGCGGCGGCCUCGCCGUACCGUUCGCGUUUCGGCGACACGACUGAGACGAAGGUGUUCGUGGGCGGGCUGGCGUGGGAGACGCCGUCGGAGGGCCUCCGGCAGCACUUCGAGCAGUACGGCGACAUCCUGGAGGCGGUGGUGAUCACGGACCGGCUCACCGGCCGCUCCAAGGGCUACGGAUUCGUGACCUUCCGGGACGCGGAUGCGGCGCGUCGUGCGGUGCAGGACCCGAACCCGACCAUCACCGGGCGGCGCGCCAACUGCAACAUUGCGUCGCUGGGUCCGCCGCGGCCCGCCCAGCAGCAGCAGCCUCGAGGGACGGCGUCGACCCACCUGCAGUUGCAGGGCCCGGUGCUCCAGGGCCCGCACUUCUUCCCCAGAGCUCCGCAGCCGCAGAUGCCGGGCUUGAUGCAGCACCAUGGCGCCGCCAUCUACCACCACCACCACCCUGCUUCCCCUUCGCAGCAAUACGGGUACUGGUACCCACCUGACUAUCAAUACCAACAGGCGGCCAUGAUGAACCCUCAAGCGCUGCAGAACUACUACGCCCAGCUCCAGCUGUAUGGGCUGGCCUCGCCGACAGCGCCACCGCCCUACCAUCAUCAGUACGUCGGGUACAUGCCGACUCCGAGCCCAAGGGCGGUGCUCUCGCCGGCGCAGCAGCUCGCUGCCCCGCCGUACGUGCCGCUUGCGGCCGCGGCGGCGCAGAUGCACGGCUCCUUCGUGCAGGUGCCUUCUCUCCCGCACAACUUCGCGCUGCAGCUGCCUCCUCAUGCUGUGGCAAUGCUGCCUCCCAACCCGACGGAUCUGCAGUCAGGUGCAGGCCAGGCUUACUCUGCACAUUCGGCGACGAACCAAAAUAACGCCCAUCAGGGUGCCUGAUGGCCAGUUCCCAAGUUUGGAAAAGGGAAUUCUGAUUGAUUCGAAACAAAACCCUUCGUAACUGACUGCUUUUUCUGGGGCUGGGAGAAAACAAUGUGGUGGCUAAUUCAAGUUGAUUUCCAUCUCGAUCGGUCUGAUGCGGACGAAGUUAUUGAUGGUCUGUAACAGUCUCUCUGGAUGUUCUUUUCUUUUUCUUUUUUGAGGGAAGUCUCUCGGGAUUCUUUGACUAGAUGGCGAACCAUAAACAUUUAGUCCCGUCAGUGUUCCCGAUUCAUUUUUUCGUAUUGACAUGUAUUCGGCAAAAUAAGUUUCAGAAUUUUUUGUAAG